AUGAUUCUCUAUGUUCCAUUCAAUUACUGCUUUUCGCUGAUUAUCAAGUCAUAUCAGACCAGACAAAUGCAAAUGAAGGACAGUCGCGUCAAGUUUACAAAAGAGGUCCUCCACGGUAUUACUGUCGUGAAAAUGUAUGCGUGGGAGGAGGCGUUCGAGAAGGAAAUUCGCCGCUUACGAAAUGAUGAGGUGCAAAUGUUGAAGAAGGCUACACUUCUCACAAGAGUGCUACAGGCAGUGAACGCGGCUGCUCCUUUUCUGGUGGCAAUCGCGUGUUUUACGUGGUUUGUUCUUUCAUCUUCGAGCAAUAUCCUCAAUCCUUCGGUUGCCUUCGUGGCAUUAACGAUAUUCAACAAACUUCGCCGUCCUAUGGCUCUCGUGGCACCUGCUGUUCAGUUUAUUUCUAAGGUUCGAUCAUUCUGA